AUGUUAUCCAAGUUCUCCCGGCGCAUUUCGCAAUGCCUGGUCAGUGGUUCUUCUCGACUUCGUGUGGUGCCUGGCCCAAGAAAUGCACCAGUAGUGCAGGCAUUCCAGGUGUGCCAACAGCGCGCAAAGGCUGAUAUCUCUGCACCCCUGGCGCCGGAGCCACCGUUCCCCACAGUGCUCCCGCCGAGCUGCAGCAACCAGUCUGGCAGCUCCGAAUCUGUCCUUGCUUAUCGGAAGCACUGGGAGGAGCGCAUUCGGCAAUGGGCAUGCAGCCCUUCUACCCAGCAGGGGCUCGAGGAGUUUGGGUUUUCUAUUCUCCCGGGCGCCUUCAGCGCGGGAGAUGUCGACAUGCUGCUGCACGAGUUGCCCUGGCAUUUGGAAGGAGGAGCUGUCAAGAUGGAGCAGCAAAACAAGGGCAAUGGAGGCUACGACUAUCUGAGGCAGCUGCCUGUCAGUCUUGCAACUCUUCGCGAGGUUGCCUAUGAAUCCUUGCUACCGAUAGCAGCAGAGCUCCUUGAAUCGCACAAGCUCGAGGUGCAGUCUUCCAGGCGAACAUUCUCUUUGUCUGGUCUGGAUUCUGCAGAAAAACGAUUGGAAACGUUGCCGACAACCCUUCAGGAAUUUGAGGAUCUCUGCAUCAGAAGAGGUCAGACACGCCCCAGCAACUUGUUCCUCUGGUAUCAAGAAGGUGGCGAAAACCGCGAACAUCGAGAUAUCUAUGGCGAGGUGUCAUUUCCCUUGCAGAUGGUUCUGAUGCUACAUCAGGAGGGUGAGGACUUUACGGGCGGAAGAUUCUUCACCAGAAUGAAUGGCCGCAAGCAUGAGGCAGCUAUGAACCGUGGUGAUUUGCUUGUUUUCCGCACCGCCUGUUUGCACGGUUGCACACCUGUCCACCGCGGAAAGCGAGCCACAGUGAAGCGAUACGUGAUCGUCUACAACCAGUCCAAGCAUGCGACAAAUUCCGUUCUUGCCGACAUUCGCGCUGUUUGGGGCAGCUCAGUUCGUGUGAUACAGACCUUGGAGGAGGGCAGGCAAAGAUUGCCGGGCAUGGAUGCCGCCCUCUAUGUGAAGCCCAAGACAUGGGGUGAUCUGCAGCACUUCAAGGAACGCCUUGACUUCCUCUGCACUCAGGACCAUGAACUCAGCCGUCACCGAGCUGCCAAGCAGGUUGUCUUCAUGCCGGGUUGGUCCGCCUUCGCAGAAUCUGCGGAAGCAGCCGUGGGCGUGCAGAACCUUGGCCUGGUCUGGCCUGGUACGGAGCCCAAGGCUUCACAGGGCUUGGAGAAGAUCGGCUUCAAAAGAAUCUGUGAGAAGGUGGGGGCACCGACGCCGCCCUUCACGGUGCUCUCCGAGGAGGAUGCGCCUUUGGUCGACCUCACUCAUCCCGAGGCCAAGGAGGCUUGCGUUCAAGAGUUCAUGAAGAAAAUCCUCGAGAUGAACUUCUCCGAGAAAGGUCUGAUCAAAAGUAUCCACGGUGGCGGUGGCAAAGGGACUGCGCACCUGCAUCAUCCCGACCAGCCGCACGAGGUUCGAAGGGCCGUGGAGAAGGUGAUCACAGAGAUGAACCGCACAGACGGGAUCUACUUUGAGCAACGGGUGAAUACAAAAGGUGAUGGACGUUUCUACCAGAUUGAGCUUGAGGUGGACGGAGGCACCGUGGCAGAUGGCGGCCGGUUCGUGUGGUUCAACUCCGGAUUGCAGAAGGUUGUGGAAAUUGGCCUCAGCGAUGACAAGAUUGACCUGUUUAUGCCACAGGAUCUCUAUCAGAAGUCGCGGAAGUGGGCGGGAGACAUCGCGAAAAUGGGCAACAACAACACCAGGGCCACCAUGGAAGCCCUGGUCUUCCAGAAUGAAAAAGGUGAGUACGAGUGCUCCUUUAUCGAGUGCAAUCGACGCCCACAAGUCGAAAACGAAGCACUUGCACUAUUGCAGACCGAUAGCAAGGGCAAUAGACGCUACACUUUCGCAGAGCUGAUGAUGCGUGCAAAAGGAUACCCGGCACCGACGUUUGCGCCGGCCAAGGAUUGCUCCAUCGUCCUCCAUGCAAGGUGGUUGCACGGCAAUCCCGACAGCGACGGCAAGAUCACCUACCAGGCCGGGAACAUCCUUGGCAUGACUGGACCUCGGCUGGACUACAUCAAAGCAGAGUUGAUGGCUCCCGGCGAAAUCUCCUUCACAGCAGAUCCGCAGCUGGGCAAGGCCGUGAUCACAGCCGACACUUGGGAUGAGAUGUGCGACAAUGCGGCUGAAUACUUCAGGCUUCGCAAGCCAGCAGUCAUGGGAGCAGCAUCCACCUAUGCACAGACGCUGUACAACCUCUUCACCUGUCCCAAGUUCCGAGCUGGGAAGACAGCUUCCAACGAGACCUUUGCACACAUUGAGAUCCCAGACCACCCAGAUCGAAGCGUGCUGACAGUUCUGAAGGAGCAAGUUGCUCCCGCCAUUGUGAAUGGCUAUCGGAAGGGGGAGGGCGUCGACCCUGAGCGCUAUCCCACGCUCGGUGUCACAACCGCGGUGGAGGAACUGACACAUGAACUCACAAAGACCGCGCCGGAGGCCACCAAGUUCACGGCCUUUGCCCGGGGAGAGGCAUCCUACGAGGACUACAUCGCAGAGUUGCGAGCCAAGCUCGACAAGCAGGGCGGCGGCUGGGUAACCGUGGCGCCCCGUGACACGGCCCAGCAGGGCAAUGACUCCGAGAGCGCGUCCGUGAGCAACGUCAGUCGAGUCAACGCCGAAGUUUGGGCACAAAAAGCUGGCUGCGUUGGCUACGAGACGGGCGGGGCACAGUACCAAGCAGGUUUGAUUCGCGGCUUCGAUCCUGCUACGAUUCUUCGCCUCGGCCUGCCGUACAACAUGCCAGCUCACUCGCUGCAGCGUUCGCAGUACGUAAAUGGCCUGGCCGAACUUACCCCGGAGAUUCGCCUCCCGCUCUUCCAAGCGACGGGUGAGAUCGUGGCGCAGCACUACCGCGGCAAGGGAAGCAUCGAGAGCUGGGUGCCGUGGAUGCCCUACAACUUCCAUGCCGGCAACUUCGUCGACCCGAAGACAGGUCACAGCCCGCAGGACGAGACGACCCUGGAGCUGUUGGACGCAAAAUGCCUGCCAAUGCCAAAUUGGGUCUUCUCGCCCAAAUUUCCCUUGGAGGCUCUCAAGAAGUGGACCGAGCGCCAGAUUGACCUCUUCGGCACGAAGGGCCUGCAGUUGCACCAGAUCCGUAUCAAGAAUCCGGGCCAGGGCAAAGACUGGACGGCGGACGCUGUGUGGGCUCACAUCGAGACGAUGAUCGCGACCUUCAAAGCGAAGGGUCUCCCACCGCCGAUCGUCCACAUCCACAAUCAUGACUUCAAUGGUACUGCUGCACACGUGGGUGCAGAGCUCUUCCGAAAGGCCCAGAAGGCGAAUUUCAGCACCCUGGUCAUUGAUGCUGCUCCACGCAAGAACGGCACUCACAAUGACAACACCGUGCUACUGGACCCGCUGAACUUGAGUGUAGAGGAGCAUGCAGCUCUGGCGGAGUACAACCACAAUCAGCAGCUGAUUGAGAACAUCCUGUGCAGGUUUGACAGCCGCACUUCGCAGAUGACUCCCUGGGAUUCCGACUGGGCCGGCGGAACCGAAGGCUCGGAUAUCCGCAUUGCCAAAGAGUAUUCCCUGGAUGUGCGGAAGAUCAACCACGCCAAGGAGGUGGCCAGUGAGGUCUUCCCCCUGGAGCGAGCAGUUACACCCUUCUCCGAAUAUAAGUUGCGACUAGGAAUUGCUAUCAUGAUCGAGCCCGGCAUUGAACCAAAGACCGCUGAUGCAGUGCGGCAGUGGGUCAACAAGGGUGGAAAGUUGAAAGUUGGUGGCGAUGUGCUGGUGGGUCUGAAGCGCUGGGAGACGCUGGUUCCCAAGACCCCGGAGGUGGACAAGCUCCUGCAGAACAUGCCCGAGGAGCUGGAAGCCGCCUUGGCUCAGAAGUCGAAGCUCAUUGGUCCUGGCGACCUCCCUGCAGACCUCACGCCCGCUCAGCGUCACACGGCCCUGGGCUAUCAGGCGAAAGGACUGGAAUUUGUCAAGGCGCAGGCCAAGGGCACCGACUUGACUCCACUGCUCAUUGCACCGACAGUGCUGCACAGCGCUCCGAAGAGCUUGAAGCCGGGCUCCAACUUCCAGAUCCUCAUGGACAAGCUCGACGGCGAGUUGCCGAAGAAGGAGGAGAUCCAAUUUGUCGGCUUUGGCUUGGCUCCAGGGGCGGCCUCGGGGCCCCAGAGUUUGGCCCGAGAGCUGGUCCUCAGCUUCCUGCACGAAGGGCAGACGGUCCAGGUGCAGCUGCCAGAUCCGGAUGCUGUAGCCAGCGCGGCAGCAGCCGGAAGCGGUCCGCGCAAAGCCACGCCUGGCAACAAGUUUGAGGUCCCGACGGUGGUGCCCGGAGAGGUGCUUUCGUACGCCGUCAAGGUGGGCGACACCUUGGAAAAGGGGCAGAUCCUGUGCGUCCUGGAGUCAAUGAAGAUGGAGAUGAAGAUUCCGGUGCCAGAUGAGCUGGUCGGUCUCAAAGUGAAGGACCUGCCGUGCAAGGGGAGGACCAAGGAGAAGCAGGGCGACAUCCUGGCGCCCGGGGACCUCAUGAUCGAGCUCUCGGCCAGCAGCCUCAGCGAGACAGAAGGCAUUAGGUCAGCGCGUGCUGGCGUGUGCUGGCGUGUGCUGAGGAGUGAGAGACGCGGAGCGAGGAAUGAGAGCCGUGCGGGCCGUGCCCGUUUUGAAGCCAACGGUGGUGGAGCCUCCGCACUGGCACCUUUUAGAGUUUAG